UGGGAGAUGAACGAGAACCCUAUCCCUAACAGAGUGAUGAACUGGCCCAUCAUGGCGUCUGUCAUUAUCAACUUCAUCCUGUUCAUCAGCAUCAUUCGCAUCCUGGUGCAGAAGCUGCGCUGCACCGAUGUCGGAGGAAACGAGCAGUCGCAGUACAGACGUCUGGCUAAGUCCACCCUCCUGCUGAUCCCUCUGUUUGGGGUCAACUACGUGGUGUUUGUGUACCUGAUGGAGCCGGCCGACAAAAACAUGAGGCACGUCAAGAUCUUCUUUGAGCUCGCCCUCGGAUCCUUCCAGGGUCUGAUCGUGGCGGUCCUCUAUUGUUUCCUCAACAGCGAGGUCCAGGGCGAGCUGAGGAGGACGUGGAGGAGUUUAUCUCUCAAGCGUUACGUGGGGCGGGACUACCGGCUGCACGCCAUGUCGGUCAGCAGAAACGGCACCGAAAACUUCCCCAGAAACUCCCGAGCUCAGUCCAUCCUGCAGACUGAGGUCACCGUUCUCUGACCGGGGACGCAGACGGACGGUUUUUAUAGAGACGCUCAUGUUCAGAGCGACUCAGAGGGCGAGGAGACUCGAUGUCUCACUUCAGGACCUUUUUUAGACAUAUCGUUAUUAUCGCUCCUGCAGGGACUGAACUCGUGAGCUGAAGGAGUUUCUGAGGUCGAGUUCUUGUCAUAUCUUUCGUGGGGAAUUUCCCGCCA